AUGGCGAAAGAUGAACACAGUUCUAAUUUGAAAAAUAAAGAUACUCUUGAUUUUGCAUCACAAUACAAAGCAAAUGAAGCAGAGUUAUGUGACACAGUUGAAUUUACUCCUCUUUACAAAGCUUGCGAAGAGGGAAAUUUUAUACAAGUCGCUCUGUUAUUAGGCGGAGGCGCAGACGUCAAUUUUUGUGAAACCAAUGGAUUAACUCCUCUAUGCAUCGCUUGUCAGAAGAAUAAAUAUGCUAUUGUAAAGUUAUUGUUGAACAAAGAAGCAGAUGUCAAUUUUAUGAAUAAGGAUGGAGAAAGCCCUCUCAACAUUGCUUGUAAACAACAACUCGGUAACAUUGUACGAUUGUUAUUGGAUAGAGGUGUAGAUGUGAAUUCUUUAUGUCAACCUAAUGUAUUCAGUCCUUUGCAAAAUGCUUGUGUAACCGGAAAUUCUUACAUAGUACAGAUUCUUUUGAGCAAAGGCGCAGACGUUAAUUUUACCAACACUAUUGGAAUCAAUCCUCUCAGCAUCGCAUGUAUUAAAGGACAUACUGAAGUGAUGAUGCUUCUGAUAGAAAACGGGGCCAACAUCAAUUCUUCUAACAAAAAUGAGAUUAACCCCCUUUUGUUUGCAUGUUUAAAUGGUCAGGUCAGAUCAACAGAAAUUCUUAUUGAAAAAGGUGCAGAUGUCAAUGUUUGUCAGAAAGUAGGACAUAUCUUGCUUCAGUCAACUUUCCAGUUUUUUAUUAGAACAUUAAAAAUGAUGUGGAAGCAGUUUUUUGUUACCAGCUUUGAGGAAACUUGUAAAGCGGAACAAGUUCAGGUUGUUAAUCUUCUACUUGAUUAUCAAGCAAACAUUAAUUUAACGGACAAAUAUGGUAAAAGCCCUCUCUUUCAAGCUUGUCUGUCUCGAAAUGACCGAAUAGUACAACUUUUACUGAACAGAGGUGCAAGAGUUAACUUACAACAUAAUAUGGGAUACACCCCGCUAUAUACUGCGUGCAUGACUGGAGAUGAC